AUGCUCGCCACACCCUCGUCAACUGACCAUCGAGGCGGGCCAUCCAGUGGCCUCACCAAAUUACGCAACACUGUAUCACAACCUGUUGUUGCGGCUUUCUGUGCCGGAGGCGUUGCUGGUGCUGUCUCUAGGACUGUGGUGUCCCCAUUGGAGCGUCUCAAAAUCCUUUUUCAAGUGCAAAGCGCCGGGCGUGAUGCAUACAAGGUCUCUGUUAGCCAGGGCUUGAAGAAGAUGUGGAGAGAAGAGGGUUGGAGAGGAUUCAUGCGUGGUAACGGGACCAACUGCGUUCGCAUUGUCCCGUACUCGGCUGUUCAAUUCGGCAGCUACAACUUCUACAAAAGGAACAUAUUUGAGCCUUCCCCUGGUGCCGACCUAACACCAGUAACUCGGCUAGUCUGCGGAGGUGCUGCUGGAGUCACAUCGGUAUUCUUUACGUACCCUCUCGACAUUGUCCGGACGCGCCUCUCUAUCCAGACAGCCUCCUUUGCUGAGCUAGGUACAAGACAGAAAGAAUUACCGGGCAUGUGGACCACCAUGGUCUCAGUGUAUAGGACUGAAGGAGGGAUCUUAGCCCUAUAUCGGGGAAUUGUACCAACCGUUGCCGGAGUCGGCCUUAAUUUCAUGACUUACGAAUUCGUCCGAAAAUACCUGACCCCGGAGGGUGAUAAGCAUCCUAAUGCUUUUCGGAAACUUCUUGCAGGAGCCAUUUCCGGUGCCGUCGCUCAAACUUGCACUUAUCCCUUUGAUGUCCUGCGCCGCAGAUUCCAGAUCAACACAAUGACUGGUAUGGGUUAUCAAUAUAAGGGAAUUGCAGAUGCUGUAAGAGCGAUUGUUACGCAGGAAGGCGUGAAAGGCCUCUACAAGGGGAUCGUGCCUAAUCUACUCAAGGUGGCCCCGUCAAUGGCAUCGAGUUGGCUCAGUUAUGAGCUUUCUCGAGAUUUCUUGGUCUCUCUUCAGUCUGCACGGACGGAGGGUGUAUUAUAA